GUCUGACCUUUUGUUCCUCAGGAAAUUAAAGAAGCUGUUCAGGAAGAUGAAGGAUGAAAGAACUGAACCAAAGGAAAUGGACACCAACCAACCAAAGGACCCUCAGCAGUGGGAUCUUGACUAUAGCCUGGAACCUUUCACUGGGCUGACUCCAGAAUACAUGGAAAUGAUUAUCCAGUUCGGCUUUGUCACACUCUUUGUUGCCUCCUUUCCUCUGGCACCACUCUUUGCUCUUCUGAACAAUAUCAUAGAAGUUCGGCUUGAUGCAAAAAAGUUUGUUACAGAACUAAGGAGGCCAGACACAGUAAGAGCAAAAGAUAUAGGUAAGUAAUGGAAAAACAUUAAAAUGAUGAGAAU